AUCCCGACAGAGUGAGACGCGUUAAGCUUUCAGCGCUCACUGCUGCACAACGCAACGCAGCCUCGCCACUCCCCCGCUCGUGGGGGAUGAAAGCCUGUUCAAUCGCGUUCACAUCCCGGAUCCCAUCCCGACCCCGUCGCGAAGCGCACACUGCUUGACAGUCCCCUUGUGCUCCAGCUUGCCUGCACUCCCCCAUCUGGUACAGAAGAGGCUCGGCGCGGCUCUGAGAAACUGACGUGUUUUGCGCAUUUCCUGCAUUAGCGUUAUAGAAAAAAAAGGAGGUACUGUGGGUUGCAGGAAACCGACAGCAGCAACAGCAAGAGAGCAGCCUGAGAGCUGCAGAAGCACACAGACCCGAAAAACCACAAACCAGGGGCUGCUACUAUGAAUUUUUAAAGGGUUUCCACAGCCAGAGGUCAAGAAAGACGUCCCAAUGUGCCGUGAGCAAACUGGAUCCCUUUCCUCUCCCUUCGAUAAGAGGAAAACGAAUACUUUAGACCCCAAGCGAUGCUGAAGAGCUCCUGCUUUGGUUUAUUUUUCUGAAGGGCUGUGAAAGAAGAGACUGGGUGUUUUGCUCCAUGGUAGUAUUUCUUUUUCUGUUGUGUUUGUGUGUUUAACACAGGAGGAUCCACAGCAAAAGCACGCUGUUCUGAAGGAAGGAAAUCCCUUUUUUUUCCCCCAGCUACCAAAUGUUUGUUUUCAACGCGAAACCAAAACGGUUGAAAAAAACAAGACAAUUUACACAGGACCCGACAGGACCGUUUUUGGGAGCACUGCUUUGCAUCCGAUUUGUAUGUGUGAUAGAGUGAAACGGGACUGCUGUUUUUCCGUUAUAUGCAAGGCAAGAUUCAUACAUAUUCACUGGGUGUCGCACGAGCAAAAGGGAAAAAAAACUGCAUUCAUUUGUUUCUUCUCCAGCGAAGGCAACUGAUACUAAAAUAUAUUUAAUUAUUUAUCACCCAUUGAAUUGGCAAGAAUUACGCAUCCUUUAAAAUAACUAACCAAUUCCAAUCGAAUAGUGAAACCAUCAUCAUCAUGGUGGUUUUUAAUGGGUUAUUGAAGAUUAAGAUCUGUGAGGCUCUGGACCUUAAGCCUACUCCAUGGUCACUGAGGCACGCUGUCGGACCGAGGACCCAGACAUUCCUUCUGGAUACCUAUAUAGCCUUGAACGUGGACGAUUCGCGAGUGGGACAGACGUCCACCAAGCAGAAGACCAACAGCCCAGCCUGGAAUGACGAGUUCGUCACCGAGGUCCGGGACGGCAGGAAAAUCGAGUUGGCCGUCUUUCACGAUGCACCUAUUGGAUACGAUGAUUUUGUGGCUAACUGCAUUAUCCAGUUUGAGGACCUGCUGCAAAACGGCAGCCGGCACUUCGAGGACUGGAUAGACCUGGAGCCAGAAGGAAAAGUGUAUGUCAUCAUUGAUCUUUCAGGAUCCUCCAGUGAAGCCUCGGUGUCCAGUGAGAAUGAGGAGCGCGUGUUCCGGGAGCGCAUGCGGCCCAGGAAGCGGCAGGGCGCGGUGCGGCGGCGGGUGCACCAGGUCAACGGGCACAAGUUCAUGGCCACCUACCUGAGACAGCCCACGUACUGCUCUCACUGCAGAGACUUCAUCUGGGGAGUAAUAGGGAAACAAGGUUACCAGUGUCAAGUGUGUACCUGUGUAGUCCAUAAACGAUGUCAUGAGCUUAUAAUAACUAAGUGUGCUGGCCUGAAGAAGCAGGAAGCUACGCCAGAUGAGGUGGGGUCUCAGCGCUUUAGUGUCAACAUGCCACACAAGUUCAGCAUUCACAACUACAAAGUCCCCACAUUCUGCGACCACUGCGGAUCACUGCUCUGGGGUUUGCUAAGACAAGGGCUUCAGUGUAAAGUUUGCAAGAUGAAUGUACAUAGACGCUGUGAAACAAAUGUGGCCCCAAACUGCGGCGUGGAUGCUAGAGGAAUUGCAAAGGUGCUGUCAGACCUGGGAGUCACUCCAGACAAGAUCACGAACAGGGGCCAGAGAAGAAAAAAGUUGAAUCCAGCAGUCGACUCGCAGCAGUCCAUCCCAGGAACUCCUCAGACGGAAGAGGACCGCUCCAAAUCGGCACCCACCUCCCCCUGCGACCAGGAAAUCAAAGAACUUGAAAACAUUCGGAAAGCGCUCUCGUUCGAUCACCGCGGUGAGGAGCACAAGAGCUCGUCCUCGGCAUCAGGAGACAGCCAGGGCCGAGGGUGUGAUGGCCGAGAGAACGGAGAGGUCAAGACCCUCCAGAGCAAGAGGAUGAGCCUGGAAGACUUUAUCUUCAUUAAGGUCCUGGGCAAGGGCAGCUUCGGCAAGGUGAUGCUGGCAGAGCUGAAAGGUACAGACGAAGUGUACGCUGUGAAAGUGCUGAAGAAAGACGUCAUCCUUCAGGACGAUGAUGUCGACUGCACGCUGACGGAAAAGAGGAUCCUGGCGCUGGCGAGGAGACACCCGUACCUGACCCAGCUUUUCUGCUGCUUCCAGACAAAGGACCGCCUCUUCUUUGUCAUGGAGUACGUGAACGGCGGGGACCUGAUGUUCCAGAUCCAGCGCUCUCGCAAGUUUGACGAGGCUCGUUCCCGGUUCUACGCUGCUGAGGUCACCUCGGCGCUGAUGUUCCUCCACCAGCACGGUGUCAUCUACAGAGAUUUGAAACUGGACAACAUCCUCUUGGAUGCAGAGGGACACUGCAAGCUGGCUGACUUUGGGAUGUGUAAGGAGGGGAUUCUUAAUGGAGUGACAACCACGACGUUCUGUGGUACCCCUGACUACAUAGCCCCUGAGAUCUUGCAAGAGCUGGAGUACGGCCCCUCGGUGGACUGGUGGGCUCUGGGGGUGCUCAUGUACGAGAUGAUGGCAGGACAGCCCCCCUUCGAGGCCGACAACGAGGACGACCUGUUUGAGUCCAUCCUGCAUGACGACGUGCUGUACCCCGUGUGGCUGAGCAAGGAGGCUGUCAGCAUUCUCAAAGCGUUCAUGACGAAGAGCCCCAGUAAGCGCCUCGGAUGUGUGGCCUCCCAGGGUGGUGAAGAAGCCAUCAAGCAACACCCGUUCUUUAAGGAAAUCGACUGGGUCAUGCUGGAACAAAGGAAAAUCAAGCCCCCUUUCAAACCUCGAAUUAAAACCAAAAGGGAUGUGAACAAUUUUGACCAGGACUUUACGCGUGAAGAGCCCGUUCUCACGCCAGUGGAGGACGCCAUCAUCAAACAGAUCAACCAGGAGGAGUUCAAGGGAUUCUCGUACUUCGGGGAAGAUCCCCUGUCUUAAACAGCCCCGCCCUCCAUCCCCGAACUGCCCCGCCAUUCCAGCGCAGAGCGCCCCCAGGAGGACGCCCCGAAGAUCGACCAGUCAAGUAUUAGUCUCUGCUCUGACCGUCACCCCGCUCUGCUGCACUCCCAGCUCAGUGGGCUAAUUAAGGGGUUGUCAAUACUCCACAAUGAAGUACUCCAUUGGGUUUUUUUUUUCAUUUUCACUUUAUCUUACCUUCUUCUUCGUUUCUUUGUUUUUCGUGCUCAGUUUUGGGCAGACGUAACUCGCCGUCGCAGAGAAAUGACCACAGAAGCACUCCCUCCUUGAAAGCAAGGAGUGUGAUAACCAGCCAGCGUCCUGACCUGUGGUACUCUGCUACCUGCUCCCUCUGGCUUGUUUUAAAUAAGCAGCCCUACCCAGGCAACAUUGCUGGCCUAUGGUUGGCACUGUUUGUCCUCCCUGGUGGCAGCUGUGCUACACAGACAUCCCAUCUCCCAAUUUCCCCACAAGGCUGAUCUGUCCAGCCUAGCAGGUUGUCAUCUGUAGCAUCCGCUGUGUAAUCAGCAGCUCUUUUCUUACACCUUAUAUGGGUUGGUGCUGGGAGUUUGGAGGGGAGGGGGGGGGCACUGUAAAUAUAUUUUAAAAUAAUUUUAAAGAAUACAAAAUGCAUACCUUUUUAAAAUAUGAAUCGGGGAAAAUGUGAGCAUGAAUUGCAGUUUUCAGUAGGUAGAUGGGUAGGUUUGGAAGGGUAGACUGCAGGUAACGGAGACAUUUGGGCAGUUUCUAUCACCUAUAGCUGCUCUUCCAGGUUUCUCACAGGAAGAUGUAUGCCCAUUGGGCAACACCAAGAAGGCACCCAUCACCAGUUUAGCACACUACCAAUGGUGUCUGUUGUCAGACGUCGUCCUGCUGCAGAAUUUUGUCAGUACACAAAUUAUACGAAAGCGUCUAUUGCUUACGCUGCCCUUUAAAUAAAAUCUUGUCAUGGGGCCAGUAUUCUUUCGCUAUUCAGAAGAAAGAGUGUUUUAUGUCUAUUUUUUAUAUAUAACAAUCUCAAUGCAAACUAUCGAAUGAGAAUGGCAUUUUUAAACCCUCAAGAUUUUUACAGACAUGACACCAAACUGUCUAGAAUGUUGUCUUUGGUACAUAUCCUUAAGCGUGAAAACUAACAAAAAGGGGGUAGGCUCUUUUUUAGUGAUGGAAAGUGAAAGUUGAACACCCUUGAGCUUAGCUGAGCAGGGCUUCAGGCCUCCAGGCAAGGGAGGGGUUUAGAAGACAUUAUUUGGGUAUUUAAAAUAAUACAAGGGUGUCUGAAUGUCCUUAAAACCAGAUUAUUGAAGCAAAAAACAAUAAUAAUCAUUUUUUUCUGUAUUUCUCCAUUUGCAUCACUUGAUCCUACAGAGAAGCAUCCUAUAGAAACUGCACCUGGCUAAAUUUGGUGAUGAGCAGCAAUGCAAUUAACUUCCCUUGCCUCUGCUGUUUCUUUUAACAUUUAAAUAUUCUUCUGCGGUAUUGCACUGAGAAACUUCUCUGGUUCACUUCUCUCUGACUUGAGCAUUGCUGGUGUCCUAUUUUCUGACAGACGUAAAAUUCAUGAGGUAGUACUACUGGUCUCUUUCACUUGAGAUUACUAUUAGUUUUGUAAAUUAUUAUUUAAAUCCUUUAAUGCAAAGUUUUGCAUUGUCCAGAAAUCAGAGACAAGAAUUUAUUGCAUUUUUGGAAUGCACAACCCUAACAAAAUUGACAGUCAUAGUUAUUUGACUGAGAAUUAAAAAUUGCAUUCCUGUGGAUCUAAAAGUAAACAUAGCUAUCAAAGUUUGAUAGUAUUGAAAUCAGAAGGAGUUGUGUGAAGAUCAAAAUUUUUGCAAAACUGACAAUUAUAGCAAAGUACAAUGAUUUGCCUUUUGUGUAUUGGGGUAACGUUUGUGGACAAUGUUACUGAUAAAAAUAAUUGUUACCAACUGUAGAUACACUAACAGUGUUAUUGUAGUUAAUUUCUAAAUAUUCCUUGUAUGGUUUGUUUGUGUGCAAGUGUGCGACGGGUGUGGGAGUGUGUGCUUGUGUGUACAACUGCCCCUUGAAGUUGGUUUAUUUCAUUGUCUGUUUUCUCUGUUUGUUUUUUAAAAUGAUUUUACUGGAUUGUCUUAUUGAGCAGUUCUCGAAAAUCUACCCAGAGAUUUCAGGCUGCUCAGCAAGACUCACUCUUGUGGGUGGCAGAAUGAGCCACCUAUGUACAGGUGAUACUUUGUAUAUAAUCUUUGCUGCAAAGCCUGUGAAGUUCUUUGAACAUAGAGGUAUCAAGCGCUGCAUGGUCAGGCCUAUUAUAUAAUGUAUUAGUCUAUGAGGAAAAAAAAAGAUAACGUCCAUGUGCAAUACUCUGUAUGUGUAUUUUUGAGGU